AUAUUUUAGGCCGUUCUUGCUUCAACAGUGUUUGAACGGAAUAGCGCUCAAACUGCUCGGAGAAUUUACCCCUCGCUGUCUUCCUUCCUACUCUUUAUUGCUCUCUUGUGCGACUGCAAAGCAGAUCAGACAUGACCUCCCAAGUGCGUCAGAAUUACCACCAGGAAUGCGAGGCCGCCAUCAAUCGGCAGGUCAACAUGGAGCUGUACGCCUCUUACACCUACCUCUCCAUGUCGUACUACUUUGACCGUGACGACGUGGCUCUGAAGAACUUUGCCAAGUUCUUCAAGGAGCAGUCUCAUGAGGAGCAAGAGCAUGCAGAGAGGCUCCUCAAGUACCAGAACCAGCGAGGAGGCCGCAUAAACCUGCUGGACAUCAAGAAAGCGGAUCAGAACAUAUGGGGGAACGGUCUCGAGGCGAUGCAGUUUGCUCUGAAUCUGGAGAAGAGUGUCAACCAGUCCCUGCUGGACCUGCACAAUCUGGCCUCCACCCACAACGAUCCCCAACUGUGCAACUUCCUGGAGACUCACUACUUGGACGAGCAGGUUGAAGCCAUUAAGAAGCUGGGAGACCACAUCAGUAACUUGAUCCGCCUUGGGGUGCCUUCAAACGGCAUGGGCGAGUACCUCUUUGACAAGCUCACCCUGAACGAAAGCGGCUAAAAGCAAGGGCUGGGGAAAGCCACUAACACGCACCCUGGUGUGUAGCUGUGUUAGUGUUAUCUAGCAGCCAUGCUAUCUAGCAUCCAAAACAGAAAGCUCUUUUUUUUGUUGCUUUGCCUCUACUGUUCAGCACAAAUUAAUUCAGCACGGAUCACUUUUCUGGGGGUGGGGGGGAUAAUAAUUCCUUUAACACAC